AAGUUUCAUUUUCAGAUCGUCUCCACAGCAACGCAAGAGUGACAGCUUUUGACUGAGCUAUGUGUCACGCGACAGAACUGUGACAUUGUUUUUCUGUUGACACCCAGUUCUCUUUUCAUAAAGUUCAGCUUUUAGACAGUACAAACGAAACAUUUGAGCGGUUAGUAUGAUCUAGAUUGAUGGAGACAACCGAAGACCUCUGGGACGUGUUUCUGUCAUUAAAGGUUUGAACUCUUAAAAAUAAGGAAGAAACUCCAUUCCAUUAAGUUGGGCGAGAAUGGCUAACAACAGGGACGCCAAUGAGAGCACCCCUCUUUUGGACUCAGACACUGAGAGCAGACCUUCACCACCGUCAGUCUUCGAGGGAAGAAGACUGGCAUGUGCGGCCAUCCUGCUGGCCGAGUCACUAGAGAGGAUUGCUUUCUAUGGCAUAACGUCCAACCUGGUUCUUUUUCUGAAUGGUAGUCCUUUUUAUUGGGAGGGCACUCAGGCGAGCCAGGCACCACUCAUGUUCAUGGGAGUAACUUACCUGAUUUCACCAUUUGGAGGCUGGUUGGCCGAUGCAUACCUCGGAAAAUUCUUGACCAUUGCUGCAAGUUUGGUUCUGUACAUUUUUGGCAUGCUGUUUUUCCCUUUUAUUUCAAACGAGGGCACCAGGAUACACCUGUGCGGGGAAGAAAUGGCAUUUCCUGUGCAGCCUGCUGAGUGUCUGAACACAAACGUUACCACUCCAAAAAACGUUACCUGCCCCAUUCGUGCCCCAUAUUGUGGCCCAGCAGUCUAUGGUGGACUUUUCUUAAUUGCCUUAGGUGUGGGUACUGUGAAGUCUAACAUCACUCCAUUUGGGGCAGAUCAGGUCAAAGACAGAGGACCAGAGGCCACUCGCAGAUUUUUCAACUGGUUCUACUGGUCUAUUAACUUGGGUGCCAUCCUGUCACUGGGAGGUGUGGCCUACAUCCAGCAAAACGUUAGCUUUGAGGUUGGCUACAUCCUUCCUACUGUGUGCCUUGGGAUCUCUUUCCUGGUCUUUCUCCUGGGGCGUAUGGUUUUCAUCAACAAGCCCGCAGAUGGAAGUGCCUUUACUGACAUGUUCAAGAUCCUGGCUUUUGCCUGCUGUUCACAGAAACCGGUGGAGCCAAACCUGCUCCGCAAACCGGCACUACUGGACAGUGCCAAAGUGACUUACGGAGGGAAAUUUCCUGAAGAGAAAGUAGAGGAAGUCAAAGCACUGGUGAAGGUCCUUCCGGUUUUCUUUGCUCUUAUUCCGUACUGGACUGUAUACUUUCAGAUGCAGACAACGUACAUCCUGCAGAGCCUCCAUCUGAAGAUUCCUGAUACAACCCCAAACAGCACUUCUGACUUCUCUAAGAUGACGUUCCGCUUCCCGCCUGCUUGGCUCACCAUGUUUGACGCAGUGCUCAUUAUCAUGCUGAUUCCUCUGAAGGACAAAGUGGUGGACCCAAUCCUGAAACGGCGCGGCCUGCUGCCCUCCUCCCUGAAAAGGAUCGCAGUAGGGAUGUUCUUUGUCAUGUGCUCGGCCGUGGCAGCGGGUAUUUUGGAGACAAAGCGCCUGGAGAUCGUCAAAUCCAAUGGUACCAUUGACCAGAUGCUUGGGAGCGUCAUCUACCACGCGGCAGAUUUGGCCAUAUGGUGGCAGAUCCCUCAGUACGUGCUGAUUGGAAUCAGCGAAAUAUUUGCCAGCAUUGCAGGCCUGGAGUUUGCCUAUUCUGCAGCCCCCAAGUCCAUGCAGAGUGCCAUCAUGGGGCUUUUCUUUUUCUUUUCUGGGAUUGGAUCCUUUGUGGGCUCCGGAUUGCUGGCUAUUGUCUCCCUCAAGUCAAUUGGCUGGAUGUCAUCACAUAGAGACUUUGGUAAUAUCAAUGACUGCUCUCUGCAUUACUACUUCUUCCUCUUGGCGGGGAUCCAGGGCGUCACAUUGCUGGUGUUCCUUAUUAUCUCGGUCAAGUACGACAAGCAGAAAGCCAGAGCAGGGCUUCAGCAGCAGAGACGCGCUUCCUCUUGACCCAACACGGCUGCACAUUCAUAAACUUGCAGCCCACUAAGGUCACCCCCUCGUCAGAUCACUCAGUGCUCUAAGAACCCCUUAUUAAUUAUAAUACAGCAGUUUGAGCGAAGAAGUUGUAACUGUCAUAACUACACACUUUUUUAUGUAAGAUUUAGUUUUAAAGUGCUUUGGAUAUCCAGUAAUUUCCAGAUUUCCUGGUAAUGGGUUUGAAAUCACUGGGUGACUGCAGCAAUACCACUUACAGUACAGAGAUUAACUAUUCAUACUGUACUUGCUUACUUCUGUGCGCGUGUCUGCCCCUGUUGCCUUUCUUUGAUCAUUUGCACUUAGGAAACGGUGCCAUAAAAUGUGAUCCCUUUGAAUAUUUUCAAAGUUGUUUUACAGAUAUUUGUGUUUGUGUUAUCUAACAGAGACAGUUCAUUUCACUUAUUCUGGUACGACACAUCAGUAUUUAAAUCAUUUAGGUCCUUAACCUUAAUCUCGGGUAUUCGUGCAUUAAAUGUUCUCGAGAAUCAGCACUAUUUCAUUCCCACUCACGCAGUAUCUUGGAAGAGAUCGCACCAAAAGGGGAAUUGGUUUUGAUGGUAAUUUUGAAACAGUCUCUUAAAUUAUUGCUGUUCAAGAUGCCGAUUGUUGGAGAAGAUUUCAAACAAACACAUUUUUUGUUUGAUCAGUCACUGUAAAGCCACUUUAAUCUACCCUGUAAAUGCUCAGAUAGCACUCUACAUGACUCAUACAUACAUACAUACAUAAAUACAUACAUACCUCCUCAUGUCAGAAAUACUCCACAACUCCUGUGAUGCUUCGGUUUUACAUUUCUGGUCAAGCUGCAAAAUCGAAUAUCUUCAAUGUUAGAUUAACAGAACCCAACAAAAAAAUCUAUCUGUAUUUAGACUUGUGGCAUUAAUGCUCGGAUCACAGUGAAAUGGAUGCAUAACAGUUAAAAAAUGUAACGCAUUCACAGUGAUGCCAUCUCAGUACUGAGAAAUUCAUAACAUUUGUGACAUUAUUUACAUUAUUUCGAAUCAUUUGCUGUCAGAAACGUUUACGGUGUUAUCACAGCUUUGCAGCUUUACCAGAAAUUCUGUUUUGUUUUGUUAUAUUUAUAAGACUGUGAUUCAUUUGUUUUACUUUUAUACUAUUAAGUGUGUGUGUGUGCACCAUCGUCUGUGCGUUUUCAAUCCUCAGAAUUAAGCCGAACACAUGAAGGAAGAAAACUCAGGGCUCUCUAGGAAUCGUGUCAUGUGACAUAAAGCUCCUGGAAAUGUUAACCUGUCUUCGGGAGCUCAGAACAGUCGUCGUCAUUUAUGAUCCGAACUAAAUGAAGUUACGUUUGCGUUGUUGUAUAUUUAAAAGAAGAAAAAAAAGCUAGAUUCUAUCUCACUGACAGUAUGAAACACCUCUUCAAGUGAUUAUUUUUUUCUGUUUGCGUUUAUUUGAUCAGAUAAUUAUGUGUUCUUGUUCUAUUGCUUACUGUAUGUGUAAUUAUGUUGUCAUCUCAGUCACAUCAAAAAAAAAGUCCUGUUACAUUUCAGUAUGGUACAGAACUGUGAUAAUGUUUUGUAGUGUUAUGUGUUCCCAUUAAUACAGUGUAUUAUUUUGUGACUUUUCUUUGUCAUUUUCAGCCAGUGCCUAAAUAAAGAAGAACUUUUGAAGCUAACAAAGUUGUCUGUCACAUCACUCUACUGGUUAGUUUCCACUCAUGCAAGCACAGCUUUGUUGCACAACUUCCAGAUCUGUAAGUUUAUUACACGAGACACAAAUGUUUUAUUGAUAAGACAGGAAGGACAUGUUUCAAUCCUGUGUUUUAAAUUCAGGCAGCAUGGCGACAUCGUUGUUGACAUGUGAAUCACGGAUGGUGCUUUUAACAGCCUGCUUUCAUGAUUAGGGUCAUGGUUUGUUGGUCCUAAGGCAAACUCAAAGUGGAAAGCCUGAAUUAUUUAUAUUACAAAAAACACGCCCUGUAGCUUCCUGUAGGGGGAAAAGGUUGCUAACACAGAGGUGUAAAGCCUCAUUUUGCAUUCCUGUUGGCGGUGGAAGCACCAUAUUUCUUCUUAGUUUCAUCAUUGAAAUCAGCGUCAUCACAGAUCAGUUUUUAAUGGUAAGGCCUGCCAGCCGUGAGGCUCGGGGAGGGCCGUUUCCUGUUUAAUUUGGUCAGAGCGCCCACGAAGCAGUGACUGAGCAGACAGCUUGAUGUUUCAAAACCAACACAAUGCCUUGAGGUCAUAAUUCUAGCGUGGUGGCUUGUUUCACAUGUACAGAGGAAUUUCUGACACAUCAUAGCGGUUGUGGAAGCAGAACUGGGGAAAAAAACACAUAGAUGUAGUUUUGACGCUGGCCUCCUCGUAUUUUAAGAUGAUGGUGCGAGUAAACAACAGUUCCUCGGAGAACCUUCUGAAUGCUCUUUAUCUUUCAUUGAAUUCAUAGCCUCCAGCAUUUAUACAAUUCCUAAGUCAGUAGUUCUUCCUGCAAAUCAAAUGCUUCUUUGUGACUGACAAUUUUCUGUCACGUGAGCGUUCAGUGUCUCUGUUUUCAGUCAGCUGCUCACUUGUGGUUGCAAACUAUCAAAAUGGCAACGACCAAAAUGCUGAGAUUGAGGCUUCAUAAGUGGACCGAGAGUGAGCCUAUGUCCAGGUUGCUGGGAAGGGCAGGGGCAUUUAAUUCUGGCAUCGUAAACCAUUUGUAUUGUCUCUGAUAGUAGGUGGAUGGAUCACUUUAGACCAAGAAGACUGAACAUAUUCAAGUCAUUAAAAAACAACAACAACAACAACAA